CCCUGGCCUCAAGUUUGUUUGGCUAUUAAGCGUUAAUUAAGUGCCACUUUGAUGCAGGGCGACACCUCACCGUUGCAGGGCUUGGCUCAAGACCAAUCACAGGAGGGCCCUAAAGCUUCGGGGCCCGUGCCGACCAUGGCCUCCUUGUUGAUUUUUGAUGAGAGCAAUCCCAAAGCGGUAAUCUCAUCACCUCGGUCAGUGCAGGCAUGCAAGCAGGAAGGCGUUCUGCCAGAGGAGUUGAUCUACAAACCAGUCGAAGCUUUUCAGGACAAGCACCUUUCUCCACGCCUAGUGAAGCUGAGGUAUGACUUUUUUGAGGCCAAGCGACAGGAUUUGUUAGCGGCUGCCCGAAGGGCACGUGAGCACCUCCUCACGGAGACCAAGGAGAAUCAAAAUCAGCAGCUGGCGAUGGUCGCGCAAGAAAGCGGCUUGAGCAAAGGAGCUGUGCUAGCGCUGAAUAGCGACAGCCUAAAGUUGGAGCGGCAAAAGUUGCUCCGUGCGCAGGAGACCGAGAGAAAAUGGCUCAGCCAAGCCCUGGAGAUCGAGUUGAAGAACCUCAAGGACUUGGAGUCAGCCAACGCGUUCCUGGACAGCGCGGCAAAAGACCAGCAGGCUUACCUCCGUGAACAGUCCCGGAAAAUGAAAGAGAUGAACGACCGCCGGGCUGCAGAAGAGGAGCGGAAACACAUGGAGAUGGAGGCCCGGCAGAAGUUGGAGAAGCAGCUGGCCAAGGAAGAGUUUCACAAGCAACAGCUGGAAAUGCAGCAGAAGAGGAAACAAGAGGCCAAGCGGCUUAAGGAGGCGCAUGAGAGGCAGCUUAAGGAGGCCGAAAAGAAGCGACAAAUCGAACGAGACAAAGCGGCGAAGCGAGAGCAGGAGUAUCUACAGCUUCAGGCUCGGAAGGAAGAGAUGCGAGCCCAAGAUCAACGAAGAUUGGAUAUCAUGGCGCAAAAGCAGGAAGCAUACCAGGAGUUCAUGCGUGAGCGAAAAGACAAACGGGACAUGAAGAUCUACAACAGCAUAUUGGCGAAUCAAGACUUUGAGCGGAAGCGGCGGGAAGACUUUGAAAAGAAGCAGCAAGACGAAGCCUCCAGAGAGGAACGCCUCCUGCAGGCGAUGGCAGAGAAGCAGGAGGAAAGCGCGAAAAAGUCCUUCCAGACUUUGAUGCGGCGAAAGGUGAUCCAGGAUGAGGCGCAACGAAGGGCCGAAGACCGGCGGCAAGCCAUCCUAGAUCAACAAGAGGAGACUGAGUAUCGUCUCAUGGAGCACGAAGCCAAGAAGGAGCGCUACUUGGACUUCAAACGCGAACUGGAUGGUCUCCGUGCAAAGAAUAAGGAGAUCAAUGUAGAGCGGCAGCGGCGGCGCGAGGAUGCGGAGCGGGAGGCCAUUGCAGAUGCUGUGAAGAAGAAGGACGACAAGAUUGACCACCUCAAUGCCGAGAGGCAGCGGAUGUGGGAGCUUCGGAAGGCGGCGCAAGCCGAGGCUUACAAGGCCCGGGCGUGUGCGAAGGAGGAGAUCCUGAAGCAACGUAUCGAGUCCAAGUUCAACUCAAAGAAGCUGGAGGAAAAGCUGGGAUCUUUGAUGCAGAGCGACCUCUUCAGUGCAAAGAUCCUCCAAAGCACAUCGAUGCCCUCCUUGCACUGAGCUGGCGGCUGUUUCAUAGAUGCAGUAAGGAGCACAUGUGAAUUCUCAUGUGAUCCAGGUUCGGAGUAUGUUUGAGCGUUGAGUAGUGGGGUUGAGCUGGCACACCAGAGUUUCAUUUGCUUGAUUAGUGCCCUGCUCAACCCCUGUAGGAUAUGCCUAACUUGCACGAAGCAACG